GCGGCGGCGGCGGAGCUCUGGAACGCCCUUAGACAGGCAACGAGGGAGGGAGACAGAGGGGGGGACAGAGGGGCGAGGAAGCUGGGACAGAGCUAGUGAAAAAUAAUCCCAGUGAGACCUCCCACUCGUUUCUCAACUCUUCCUCUACAAACACGAGACAGAAAGACGUCAUCUUGAACACAAGUUUGGAAGCAAGACUUUUCUUCAUGUAAGACAUGACUCUUUGACUGGAGCCUUCCUCCUCCUCCUUCUCCUCCUCCACCACCUCCUCCUCAGGGGUCCUAGAGUACACCUGCCUCCACAGACGAGAUUCCACAAGGAGCAAGAGAAGCUGAUUGGUUGACCUUUUGGGUGAGGUCAGGGCCGCCUGUAAGCCAUGGCAAGCAGACUCCUCCUCAUCCUGUUGGCAUUGAUGAUGCUCAGCCCUGCUCACUUCCUGUCGGGCCAGCGACUGAAGCCCCGCCUCCAGCGAGACAGACGCAACAUCCGUCCAAACAUCAUUCUGGUCCUCACUGAUGAUCAGGACUUAGAGCUGGGCUCCAUGCAGGCCAUGAAUAAGACACGGCGCAUCAUGGAGGAGGGCGGGACUUCUUUCUCCAACGCCUUUGUCACCACGCCCAUGUGCUGUCCAUCGCGUUCCAGCAUGCUCACCGGAAAGUAUGUGCACAACCACAACACGUACACCAACAAUGAGAAUUGCUCGUCCAUGUCGUGGCAGCGGCAGCAGGAACCACGAACCUUCGCCGUCUACCUCAACAACACAGGAUACAGGACUGCCUUCUUUGGGAAGUAUCUGAACGAAUACAACGGCUCGUACGUUCCGCUGGGCUGGAGGGAGUGGCUUGGCCUGGUCAAGAACAGCCGCUUCUACAACUACACGCUCAGUCGCAACGGACUCCGAGAGAAGCACGGCGCACAGUACCCUCAGGACUACUUAACCGACUUGAUCACAGCAGAGUCCAUUCGUUACUUCCGCUGGUCCAAACGUGUUUAUCCUCAUCGGCCCGUCAUGAUGGUACUGAGUCACGCUGCACCUCACGGACCUGAGGAUUCGGCGCCGCAGUACAGCAACGCCUUCCCCAACGCGUCACAGCACAUUACUCCCAGUUACAACUACGCUCCCAACCCGGACAAGCACUGGAUAAUGCGCUACACGGGUCCCAUGAAGCCCAUUCACAUGGAGUUCACCAACGUUCUCCAGAGGAAACGACUGCAGACGCUACUGUCGGUGGACGACAGCAUGGACAAGUUGUACAACAUGCUGGUGGAGACCAACGAGCUGGAGAACACGUACAUCAUCUACACGUCUGAUCACGGUUACCACAUUGGACAGUUCGGUUUGGUUAAAGGAAAAUCCAUGCCUUAUGACUUUGAUAUCCGAGUCCCAUUUUAUAUAAGAGGACCAAACGUGGAACAAGGCAGUGUCAACCCUCACAUGGUCCUCAACAUUGACCUGGCGCCCACCAUCCUGGACAUCGCCGGCUUGGACACGCCCCCUGACAUGGACGGCCAAUCCAUCCUGAGCCUGCUGGAUGUUGACAGACCCGCUAACAGGUUCCAAGUGAACAAGAAAUCAAAAGUGUGGAGAGACUCCUUCAUGGUGGAGAGAGGGAAGCUGCUGCAUCAGCGCAUGGAAGGAAAGGAGGUGUCUCAGGAGGAGAACUUCCUUCCCAAACAUCAGCGCGUCAAAGAGCUGUGUCAGGGCGCCGAGUACCAGACACCUUGUCAGCAAACUGGACAGAAGUGGCAGUGUGUGGAGGACUCCUCGGGGAAGUUGCGUCUCUUCAAAUGUAAGAGCGAAGGAGGAGGAGCUAAGAAGAUCCCGCAAGGAAAAAAAGAGCUUAGCCGCCAACGUCCAAUCAGCAUCAAGUCUGAGUCGUAUCACAAGUGUGAUUGUGACCUACGACCUCUUAAGCUGCGACCCUUCAACAAGAAGUCGAUCUUCUCCAAGAAGUACUUGAAGGUUCUAAAGAGCUACUCCAGGAACCGCUUCAGUCGCUCCGUGUCCUUAACCAACGGUUACCCUGGCAACCUCAGCCUGCACGAGUCCUCAGAGGACGAAUUCAGCGGGAUGACCGAGGCUCCCACCGCUCUGACUCCGCCCAACUCCGUCAAAGUCACACCCAGGUGCUCCAUUCUGACCAACUCCACAGUCAAAUGUGACACGGGUGUCUACAAGUCCCUGCAGGCCUGGAAGGACCACAAGCUGCACAUUGAUCAUGAGAUUGAGACGCUGCAGACCAAGAUAAAAAACCUGAAAGAUGUCAAAGUUCACCUGAAGAAGGCUCGCCCUUUGGUGUGCGACUGCAAAAACCACCACGCCAAACUGAAGAAGAACUUACGGUACAGAGGAGGCCGUGUGCACCCCUUCAGGAGGGGCGGAGCUCAUGACAAGAAGGCGUGGCUUGAGAAGGAGCAGAAGAGGAGGAAGAAGAUGAGGAAGAUGAUCAAGAGAAUACGAAACAACGACACGUGUUCCAUGCCAGGACUCACCUGCUUCACGCAUGACAACCAACACUGGCAAACGGCACCGUAUUGGACACUGGGUCCCUUCUGUGCAUGUACGAGCGCCAACAACAACACGUACUGGUGUCUGAGGACCAUCAAUGAGAGCCACAACUUCCUGUUCUGUGAGUUUGCAACGGGCUUCCUGGAGUACUUUGACAUGAGUACUGACCCCUACCAGCUGGUGAACGCCGUGGGCUCGUUAGACCGAAUACUUCUCAACAGUCUUCACGUUCAGCUGAUGGAGCUGCGGGGCUGUCGAGGACAUAAACAGUGUAAUCCACACAUGCGCUCCGUGGAACCUGCUGGUGGGCGGGACCACGGUAGCUUUGAUGACUACAGGAUGUUUGAGAAGAGGAAGUGGCCCAGAGUCAAGCGACCUUCAUCAUCACGAACACUAGGUCCUAUCUGGGACGGCUGGAAGGGAUAAGCUUCCUUAUUGGUCCAAGUGGGCUUGUGAGCCCGCCCACAGCAGCAUCAAGGAGCAGGGAGUGGUGAGCUGCAUGCACUCGCCACUUGGUGACACCCCCACCCCACCCCCAUUGCCCCCGUCCCCCAUCUUCAGCUUGUCCUUACCGUGAGAACGAAAAGGACGUCGGUGCUUUUAUGGCAGUUUUGCUCUGACUUCUUAUUGGCUGUCAGUCAAACAUUGACACACCCCUUUUUCAGUGCCAAACAUGGACAUGGCCUUCCAAACUGCUGUCAAUCAAACAUGAACACACUGUGUUUGUGUAUCAUGGACACACACCCUCUUGUGUUAAUAUGUCAAGUACUAUAUCCUAAAAUUGACACCCCCACUACUUCUGUUUUGUAUAACAUGGCCACGCCUCCUCUUGUAUGGAAAAUGGACACGCCCUUCUCUCUGCAGUCAGGCAAAAAUUGGAAUAUGGACACUGAGUGCUUGAGGAGGUUGUGUAAAAAGUAUUAAUAAUCAACUAAUAUAUUUCAAACCUCUGGCAGCCAUUGUUGUUGUUUGAAGAGUAAAGAGGAAGUUUAAACUGUGAUUUACUAACAUAACCCAUAGAGCAUGCACUGACCUCUGGUAGCCAAACAAAUCAUUUCCCAGAAUGCUUUUGUGAUGAAUCCUCACUCGGGCUCCUCACUAUGCUGGAGCCUACCCCAGCUGUCUUCGGGCGAGAAGCGGGACACACCCUGGACUGGUCACCAGCCAAUCACAGGGCACAUCUAGACAAACAAUCAUUGACAUUAUGGACUAACCUAGCAUGUUUUUGGAAUGUGGGAGGAAACCUGAAUACCUGGAGAAAGAACAUGGAAACUCCACAUAGAUGUCCAAGCGGAGAAUCGAACCCUGGUCUUCCCGAUCUCCUGACUGUGUGAUCAACAUGCUGGAUAAUCAACCAUGAAGAGCCCAGCGCCCACCCACAUGGAAACAGGAAGUUGUUUGAUUUUGAAACAACUUCCCUUUUGCAUGUCCAAUAAUAUGAACUUGAAGAAGUAGCGCCAUCUGCUGCUCACCUUCUAAAUAACACAAAUUUUUAUUUAUCUGAGCCAACACGUCCAUGAUCAACUUUGUUUUGUCUCAAUUUAAACUUAAUAUGACGUUUCCUUCAGCGUGUAUGAAUGUCUGCUGUUGAGCGCGUGGGUGUCACGUGACUGGCUGUCAGCGUUGUGUGUGUGUGUAACACGUGAGAGCAAAGCUAGUUUGUGAUUAAAGUGUUGAUGCCAAAUGAA